GCGCAUGCGUGCGGGGUCGGCCAGCGGGAGCGGAAUGGCGACGCUGACGCUGAGCUGCCGCCUGGCCGCGCACCCGGACUCGCGCUGCUGGUUCGUGGCCUGGAGCCCGGGUGGGGCCCUGCUCGCCUCGUGCGGCGGCGACCGCAGCGUGCGCGUCUGGGGCCGCCAGGGCGAGAGCUGGGUCUGCCAGGCAGUGCUAGACGAAGGGCACCAGCGCACAGUGCGGAAGGUGGCCUGGUCGCUGUGUGGCAACUACCUGGCUUCAGCCAGCUUUGAUGCCACCACCUGCAUCUGGAAAAAGACAUCUGAUGGCUUUGAGUGCGUGACCACGCUGGAAGGCCACGAGAAUGAGGUGAAGUCGGUGGCCUGGUCCCCAUCCGGCAGCCUGCUGGCCACCUGCAGCCGUGACAAGAGUGUGUGGAUCUGGGAAGUGGAUGAAGAAGAUGAGUAUGAGUGUGUGAGCGUUCUCAACUCUCACACACAGGACGUCAAGCACGUGGUCUGGCAUCCUACCCAGGAGCUCCUGGCCUCGGCCAGCUAUGAUGACACUGUGAAGUUGUACCGUGAGGAGGAGGAUGACUGGGUGUGCUGCACCACACUGGAAGGCCAUGAGUCUACUGUGUGGGGCCUGGCCUUUGAUGGAGCUGGCCGGCGACUUGCCUCCUGCAGUGAUGACCGCACUGUGCGCAUCUGGAGCAGCAAUGAGCCAGGGGUGGCCUGUAGCAGCACAGAGCCCAGCUGGAAGUGCAUCUGCACCCUCUCUGGCUACCACACCCGCACCAUCUAUGAUGUGGCCUGGUGCCACCUGACUGCCCCGGGGCCCACAGCCGGGGGAGAGGAUGCCAUCCGAAUCUUUGAGGAGCAGCUGCUGGCGGAGCCACAGCAGCCCACCUUUGCCCUGAUGGCCCACGUGCCCCGAGCCCAUGCCCAAGAUGUCAACUGUGUGGCCUGGAACCCUGCUGAGCCAGGGCUGCUGGCCAGCUGCAGCGACGAUGGGGAGGUGGCCUUCUGGAAGUACCAGCGCCCUGAGUGCUGCUGAGGCCUCUCAGCCUGCUGCUCUGAGCUUGCACAGCCUGACACUGGCUCUGUCUCCCCCACCCUGGGGCAACAGGAAGUCUGGCAGAUGCAGUCACAGGAGUGUGGUGCUGUUGCCCCCAGAGGACAGUGGCACAGCAAGGGAUCGGGUUCUCUGCUCCUUGAAAGGGCCUCAAGUUACCCCAGUUGUGGGCAGCAGCAAGGCAAGGGUAGCACGGUUUCCUCUGCUGCAGCUGUUGCCCUCAUCGAAUGGAGCCAGGCCCCAAUAAAAAUCCUCCCACAUCUGGUCUGGCCUCUGCUUUAUGCCCUGCCCUGGUCCAGGGGGUACAAGAUGCUGUGGUGUGCACUUGGAACGUCCAUAGACAGAAGCCCCCCAGAAUCACAGCCCAGCCAGCAGCAUACAGGUAGGGGAAGAGGCUGCUGGGAACUGGUGGCACCAAGCCAGGUCUGGAUUUGGGUUUAAUGUAGCUGCUUCAGACAUGCAACCAACAGCCAGGCUGGAAGACCAUGGUCCCAAGCCCCAGCAGAUGUCUGGCACUGGAGCCCUCAGUGACAUCAAACUCAGGGCAGCUGCUGAUUGGGGCCCUAGUUUCCCUCUCCUUUUAAGCCAGGCUUCCCUCCCAUUAGUAGCCUUGCUAAUGUGCUGCCCCUGCCUUAGUCCAGGAAGCCUCAGCCUUAGCACCCUCCCCUUGCUAGCAGUUGGGAUCAGUGGGGCUCAGCCUUCGUGGGUGGGCAGGGAGGGAUCACCCAACUGUGCUUUCAUGUGCUGAGCCAGGGUCUAAACCAGGCAGCUGGACUGGGCUCAACCUGACUGCCACAGGUGUGUGGGCAAGGCGGUCCAGUCCUCUCCUAUUCAAGCAGGGUGGCUUUUAUGGGUCUGGCUUUUGCUUUCCUGGCAGAGGGAGACGUGUGAAAACACAGAUGUGAACAACCAGCCAUCACCUUCACCCAGCCCUAGCUGCUUUUACCCCCAGUACUUCAUAGACCUGCAGUUACUUGACCGCUGCUGCCUUUCCACACUAGGGGUAAUUCUGUCAUGAGUCAGAACCAUUAGGAUUCCUUCCAUCUCUACAGCCCUUGCUCCCAUCUUGCUUUUUCAUCCUCAUUCCCUACAACUCUAGCACAAGAGGCCAGGGUUUUAGAGUCAUUGUUGGCUGGACUGAUUGCACAGUUAGCAUAGCUUUUAGCCAUCAAUAACCAGCUGUUCCUUCCUAGGUCAGGAAGAAGCAGAGGCAGCUGAGGCUUAAACAAAACUAGGGUGUGAAAUCAGAAAAGGCACAAGCCCAGGGGUAGGUUAGAGGAGGAAAAGUUGCAAAAGAAAGGUUAGCUUGACUAGCAGAACAUCAAGACUGUUAAAAGAGGAGAGAGUAGCAGGAAUCCAGGAGAUUGUGAGAGCUGUGAGCUCAAUGUCCGUGGUCAGUCCUUGGUUUUAGUGCCCUGCUUGUGAACAUGUGUUCUCAGGCUUUGUAAGCACAGAAAUCUGAUUCCUGCUAAUCUCUCUUCACUCCGCUAGUGUGAAUGAUUCUCUCCCCUCUUCAGCAGCCUUGACAGUCCACUCGUUGAGUUCUCCUUUCUCUUGCAAUUUUCCUGGCUUUGUCUACACCUGGAAAUGUCUGCUCCCAUUUCACAGCCCUGAAGACUGUUUCUAACUCUAGUUAUGCCUCCCUCCUCAGACCUGAAGGGUGCCCGGGACUGGAAAACCCAACUGAUGCUAUCCCAACUGUGCAC